UAAGAAAAACAGACACAAACUUAGGUUACUAAAUCCUACCUUAACACACACACACACACUCUCUCUCUCUCCAUUCUCAUUCAAACAAAAACUCCAUCUUCCACUCACUCAAAUUCUCUUUCCACACCAAAUCCAAUGCCACCAAUUUCCUAAACCUCAUCGAAAAACAAACACAAACAACAACAUUAACAACUACGAGAAAAAACAUCAUCAUCGUCAUGUCAGUAUACGAUGCAGCAUUCAUCGACACACAACUAUCCAAAAAAACAUCAAUCUUCGGUCUCCGUCUCUGGGUUGUCAUCGGAAUCCUCGUCGGUUCUCUUAUCGUCUUAACUCUCUUCCUUCUCUCUCUAUGUCUCACCUCCCACCGCCGCCGCAAAAACCACCAUAAACCAACCAAGCUCACCCACUUCACUCCCGUAGUCUCCAAGGAAAUCCAAGAGAUCAUCCACGCGCCACCGUUACCAGAGAUCCACGUCGACACAGUGAAGCUUGAGCUCCGACGUGUUUCCACCAGUGGAGAGAGUAAGGGAGGUGGUAGUGUGUGUGAAACUGCGUCUUCUAUUGGAAGUGUUGGACCGGAAGUUUCGCAUCUUGGGUGGGGGAGAUGGUAUACGCUAAGAGAACUUGAAGCUGCUACUAAUGGUUUGUGUGAAGAUAAUGUUAUUGGUGAAGGUGGUUAUGGAAUUGUUUAUAGUGGUGUUCUUGUUGAUGGUACCAAGAUUGCUGUUAAGAAUCUUUUGAAUAACAAAGGCCAAGCUGAGAGAGAAUUUAAAGUUGAGGUAGAAGUAAUUGGUCGUGUUCGGCACAAGAAUCUUGUUAGGUUGCUCGGAUAUUGUGUUGAAGGCGCAUACAGGAUGCUUGUGUAUGAGUUUGUUGAUAAUGGCAAUCUAGACCAGUGGCUGCAUGGAGAUGUUGGACCUGUAAGCCCUAUGACAUGGGAUAUCCGGAUGAACAUUUUAUUGGGCACAGCAAAAGGAUUGGCUUAUCUUCAUGAGGGUCUUGAACCAAAAGUCGUCCACCGAGAUGUGAAAUCAAGCAACAUACUCAUUGAUCGUCAAUGGAACUCUAAGGUUUCUGAUUUCGGUCUUGCUAAGCUUCUGCAUUCUGACCACAGCUAUGUCACGACUCGAGUGAUGGGGACAUUUGGUUAUGUUGCACCCGAGUAUGCCUGCACUGGAAUGCUGACCGAGAGGAGUGACGUAUAUAGCUUUGGGAUACUUAUCAUGGAACUAAUCACCGGAAGAAGUCCUGUCGAUUAUAGCAGACCGCAGGGAGAGGUAAAUUUAGUUGAGUGGUUAAAAAAUAUGGUUGGGAGUCGAAGAGCCGAGGAAGUAGUUGAUCCUAAGAUUUCAGAGAAGCCGUCUUCAAAGGCUCUUAAACGUUCCCUAUUGGUUGCUCUUCGAUGUGUUGAUCCCGAUUCCUUAAAGAGGCCUAAAAUGGGACAUGUGAUCCACAUGCUUGAGGCUGACGACCUCUUAUUUCGCGAGGAUCGAAGGAUCGUCGGAGAAUCUUCUCAUUCCAAUCGCGAUUAUCAACGAGAGCAUAAGGGUUCGAGUUUAGGUAAAAAUCGGAUAGGUGGAGAGAUCACUGAUCAAAGUGAAGAUGAUAGUAGUAGUAGAAGUCACCAUCAGCCAACUAAGUUGAGAUGAUAGUAUAUAUAGUCUGAUAAUUGAGAUAGCAAUCUGUAUUAUUUUUGUUCCUAAUAGUUUUCCAAUAUUUAUUUCUACCUUAAUGAGGGAACAAGUUAUCAUUUUUUCUUCCUCAUUUGUUAUUCAUUUAUAAUUUUGUAUACUCUAUUAUUCAUUAUCAUAAAAAUUAUAAUUAUUUGUCUC